AUGCCGUACAUCUACAUUAACCUUGUUCUUGCCUUUCUAACAUCACUCCUGGGUAUAUUAAUAUAUCGCUCACACCUCAUAUCUUCCCUGCUAUGCCUAGAAGGCAUAAUACUCUCAAUAUUUAUUAUAACUUCAUUAACAAUUCUAAAUCUUCACUUCACUCUAGCUAACAUAAUUCCAAUUAUACUCCUAGUCUUCGCAGCCUGUGAAGCCGCUGUAGGUUUAGCCCUACUAGUAAUGGUGUCAAAUACAUACGGUCUAGAUUAUGUACAAAACUUAAGCCUUUUACAAUGCUAA